GCGCGCGCACACAACACAGCCGAGGCACGCGAGCGGUCCUGAGAUCCCCACAGUAUCGUUACUUCACCUGCACACAGAGCCGAUCCCAACCCACCGCCGUCCCAUCCCCGAGAGUUCCGCUGUCCGGAGCACCGACACCGAGUGGAAACCGAACGCUAAUUCAGACAUGCAACCAGCAACUGCUAAGUGGUAUGACAGACGGGACUCUGUCUUUAUUGAAUUUUGUGUAGAAGACAGCAAAGGCGUCAACUUGAAAUUUGACAAAUCAAAGCUGGACUUCAGUUGUGUAGGUGGCGUCGAUAACAUCAAAUAUCAUAAUGACCUAGGACUUUUUGAGGCCAUCGACCCAAAUGGGUCAAAACACAAACGGACAGACAGGUCUGUGUACUGCUGUCUACGAAAAGCAGAACCUGGCAAGUCCUGGCCUAGGUUAACAAAAGACAAAACUAAGUUUAAUUGGCUCAGUGUUGACUUCAAUAACUGGAAAGACUGGGAAGACGAUUCAGAUGAAGAGUUGUCCAACUAUGAUCGGUUCUCAGAGAUGAUGAACAACAUGGGUGGAGAGGAUGAUCUGCCUGAUAUGGACGGUGCGGACGAUGAAGAAUCUGCAGAUAGCGAUGAUGAAAAGAUGCCAGAUCUCGAGUGAAGUUGUAAAGACCGACACCUUGAGCAGGAAACAGGAAUCAUCACUUAACUGUUAUUCUUUUUUUUUGAGACGGGGAGGGGGGUAGUUAUGAGUGGGUAAACAUUAAUUACGAUGCAAAUCAAGAAACAAACAAAAAUGGAUUAUAUGUGAGCAGUUUUUACGCUGUUAGUGUCACGCCAGAGUGCACAGUUAGUUGUGUUAAUGGCUGACUGAAGUCAUCAGCACUAAUUACUUUACCUUUUUAUUCUGCAUGGACAAUUGAAGUUCUCCAUACAUAAUGUUUUAUAGAUUCUUAUUAUCCACUUACUCAUCAGUGCUGUGGCGGUGGGUAGAGCUGAUAUGUCAUACGUGUUGUCUUUACCCCCCCCCCCAGUAUCAGUAAGUUAAUCCAAUAUACAGCAUAUUCAUGUAGUAAUUUGCUCUGUUUGGUCUCAUGUCUCUAAUUCUGGUUUACACAGUAAAUUUCAUUUUAUUGUUUUAGUGUUUGUGAGUGGAUCUAAAGCAAGAAUAUUUUUUACGUGUUUUCGUUCAGUUAGAAGACUAGCCGGAACAUUUACUGGAUUUAAAUAUUGCUGAUAAAUCUGCUCGAUUGGUAAACGUUUUUUCCAGGCCUGUUAGAUAAGGGUUUGUCCACUGAGUAGGCUGAUGUGUAAAUCAAACAUGUUCAAAGUACAUAGUCCUGUCUGUACACACCGCUUCUGUCCCAAAUGAUUUUUAAGUUGGUCAUCGUUUAGUGUCUCACCUGAAAGUGUAGCAGGCAUCCAAGCACUGAUCUCUUCCAUUUAUGUCAAGUGAAGUGAUAUAAUGUAAGCUUCACCGCUGUACAGAUCAAAAGGGUAACUUAUCAAUAGCUGACCAAAUUGUUUGCACUCCUAAUAUCAAUGCAAGUGUGACUAAUGUUUUAUGUUGUGCUAACCUGUCACCACAGGUUGAGGAACUUCAGUUUGUUAAAUGCAGUGGGGUUUUGUCUACAUAUUUCUAAUAAACUGUCUCUAAACAAGUA